GUCCCGGGCCACCACUUCGGCUUGACCCCUCAUUUUGCGGCUGCGUAAAUAAAGGAAACACGUAGUCUGCCGCGCGGCUUCAUGCGCGUGAGAUUUGAAGCCUCAUGAGCCCUAAAGCCGGCCUUCUUAACCGCCCCAUGCUGCACGACCUGGAUGACGCGUCAUGCGUUGCCCAGAGGCGUGAAACAUAUGGCUGACUCCAAAUCUAGUGCUCACGAAGCCGAGAAGCAAUACGAAUGCUCAUUUUGCGGAAACCGCUUCAAGAAUAAUAACGAGAUGGAGCGGCACCAGAAGUCCAUCCACCUCUCCGCGUGGCUCGGUUAGCUUACACCUCCGCCCUAGCAUGCGUUCGGUCGGUACCAGCCAUGAUAUGUAUGCGACUAUCAUCCGGCCAAUAUCAUCGGGGACGUUGUGGUCUGUACACUAGCCAAAGGAAUUGUUCUUUAGAAGACUUACAAAUUGAAUGGCGGCAUUCUACUGCUUUGCUUGGGUGGCCUCUCCAUAGUCAGAUAUCUUUUUAGCCAGGCUGCCUGGCAGACAAAUAAGC